AUGGAUACUGGCGGCAAUGAAGCCGCAAGCAAACGUCCACUGCUGGAAGAGGAUACCGGAGAACCACUGAGGGUGCCACGAGCAGGCCAACGUGCUCAAGACGAUCCAGAAAGCUAUUCACUCCUGCAGGCUGGGUCCACCGAGCAGCUGUCGGGAGGAUCUGAGCCGCCGGAGCAAGGGGGCGGAGUUCUGCAAUUCCUCCGAACUGAGGAGGAAGUGGCGGAUGAUCGGUCGGUAGAGAGGCGGUAUGCUGAAGACACAAGGCGACCGGGCGAAGCUCGAGAUGGGGAGACCACGGCGAUAGAGAUGCAAAGCAUGGAGGCCGGUCAUUCCAGGGAGCUUUUGCCGGUGGUUUCUGCCGCUUCCUCGAGCGCGGCGCGGCCCGGGGACGACAGGACAUGCUUCAUUUGCCUGCAGGACAGUGAGAAGGACAACCCUCUCGUCUCCUGCUGCUCGACAUGCUACGCCCGUACACACAGACGCUGUUGGCGCGAGUGGCGUAACAAUCAGCACCGGACAGCUUUGCGCUCCCACCUGCUUGGGCUUCGCAUCCAAACAAACCAUAUGCUGCGCUGCACCAUCUGCAAAUCUGGAACUGCGAUGGUGGAAGGAGAAGAGAACGGCCUGUCGUGGAUGAACGAGCUAAUGUGUGGAGGAGAGCCCAGCGAAAACAGUUUGCUGGGGCGGCUGAUUGCGUUGGGAAAUCGAAGAGAAGAUUCAGACGAGGAUCCAGAAGCACAGCUGGAAGAUCUAAUUGACACGCGAACUUGCAUUGCUUUGGUCAUUUAUCUUGGGGUGCUCAUCGUGGCCAUCGUUGUGGCCUGCCUGCUGAUCGUCACCCGAGGGUUCUGGGCUGGCGACGUGGUCCUCUGCUGCAUCAUCGCUCUUUAUGAGCUCUCCGUUCUGCAGCUCGUCCUGCUGGCGAUCCUACGACGGCGGGACACAACGCUUCAAUCAGCUGUGACAAGGCAAGCAGCCGAAGAACCCGCAGCACGCGAAAUACAACUCCAAACGCUUUCCGAGCCAAGCUGA